AUGGAGGCAGUGAAGAGGUGGAGGUCAGACUGGAGGUAUCCCACUACUCUGCUGUGCAUCUACGGAUUCUUCUGCACAGUUAAACCUCUGGAGCCUUUCCUGAUCCCGUACUUGACAGGGCCGGACAAGAAUCUGACAACAGAGCAGGUUAAUAAUCAAAUUUUCCCGGUGUGGACAUACUCCUACCUGUCUGUGUUGGUGCCAGUGUUCCUGCUGACUGACUGGUUGCGUUACAAGCCUGUGGUGGUUUUCCAAUGUGUGAUGCUCUUCAUCACAACAGCAAUGCUGCUGUGGACAAAAAGCGUACCAGCCAUGCAGGCCAUGCAGUUCAUCUACGGGGUGGUGACAGCCACCGAGGUGGCCUAUUUCUCCUACAUCUACAGUGUGGUAGAUCUGAAGAAGUACCGAAAGGCCACCUCUUACAGCCGCAGCGUCCAGCUCCUGGGGUACACAGUGGGUUCUGUUCUGGGUCAGCUGCUCGUCAGCUUCAACCUCAUGUCCUACAAUAACAUCAUGGUGUUUACUUUAGUUCUCACCGUGAUCGCCCUCCUCACAUCCUGCCUCCUGCCAAUGCCACAGCAGAGCAUGUUCUUUCAUCGUAAACACACUGGACAGAGAACAGUAACACAAGGAACCAAGAGCAAUGGAGAGGGGACGGAGGACGCACACACAAGUGGAUCAAAGCUGUCCCUGGAAGAAAUGAUAGAUGGAAAGGUGGACAGAAUGAGAGAAACAGAGGAGGAUGCUGUCAAAGAGGAGACUGAGGACUAUGAGGAGUCUGUUGGCGCAAUGAGUUGCAGCCACGUUCUCCUCCAGCUGUGGAGAGACUUCUGUCAGUGCUAUUCCUCCAGACAGCUACUCUACUGGUCAUUGUGGUGGGCAAUGGCCACUUGUGGCUAUAACCAGACUUCCAACUAUGUACAGGUGCUGUGGGAGCACGUUCAGCCUUCUCAGAACUUCAGCAUCUACAAUGGAGGCGUGGAGGCAGUGGCCAACCUGUUGAGUGCAGCUACAGCCUAUGGUGUAGGCUUCACUGAGGUCAGAUGGGAGCAGUGGGGAGAGCUGGCUCUGGGUGGUUUCUCUGGACUUGGGGCGGCUGCACUUUUCCUCAUGACUUUCAUCAGCAACAUCUGGGUGUGCUACACUGGUUACAUCGUUUUCAAGUGCCUGUACAUGCUGCUGAUAACAAUAUCCAUGUACCAGAUUGCAGCUGACCUGUCAAUGGAGAGAUAUGCACUGGUCUUUGGAGCAAACAACUUUGGAGCACUGACUCUACAGACGAUUCUCACUUCUGUUGUGGUUGACAGUGGAGGACUGGGCUUGGCCAUCAUUCCUCAGUUCACCAUAUAUGCCAGCUACUUCUCGGUCAUCGCCUUUGUUUUUUCACUUCGGGGGCUGUUUACCAUUUGGAGAGCACAGAGAAAUAAAAAAGAGACAACUCCUCCAGACAAAAAUGAAUCUCAAGGAUUUGAAGAUUCUGAACACAAGGAAUCUGAUGCUGCAAGAUGA